AUGGAAGAAGUGGUCGUUGUACCAGAAUGUUCUCCCGAUCUGAAGCCUGUUGUAGGUCAGAAAUUCCAAUCCUUGGAAUUCACUUUCGCUUGCUACGAGGUAUAUGCCCGCGCUGUUGGCUUUGAUACGCGCAAACAAGCUAUGAGGAAGGUUGAUGAUGUCACGACGUGGUAUCGUGUUAUAUGCAAUAGGGAAGGAAGGAAGAAGGGUGAUGAAGAUGACCAGUUGAAUGCCCGUUCAGGUUUCACUAUCAAGCGUAGCAAGUUAUCUAAGCGGUGUGGUUGUAUGGCUAGUAUAUCGUUUAGGUAUUUCUCGGAAGAUUGCUUGUCAGGUUACAUAAUUGAGGAGUUCAACGAGAUUCAUAACCAUCAUAUGGUUGAAACGGAACAUCAGCAAUUCAUGUCAAGUAAUCGCAAGUUGGAUGAUGUACAUCAUAAAUUCAUCCUCGACUGUUCCAAGGCUAAUAUAGGACCCACGCUCACAUUUAAGGUAUUGAAGGAAAUUCUUGGUGGGUUUGACCUAGUUGGUUGCACUAUUGGGGAUAUCGGGAAUGCCUCACGGGACAUCAAAGCAUACGCACAAGGAUUUGAUGUACAAAUGGUGUUGGAUGAUAUGGCUAAGAAGAAGGAGAUGUCCGAGGCGUUCACCUAUUACUACGAAGUUAACGAAUCCUACCAGUUGGUUGCUCUGUUUUGGUGCGACGGUUUGAUGAAGCAGAAUUACCACAUGUUUGGUGAUAUUGUGUCCUUCGACUCCACAUACAACACAAACAGGUACUGUAUGAUCUUCACCCCUUUCACUGGAAAGGAUAAUCAUGGUAGUUCUGUGACAUUUGCGGCCGGAUUGGUGUGCAGCGAGAAAACGGGGGCUUUUGCUUGGUUGUUCAGACAUUUUGUAGAUUGUAUGGGUGUAGCACCGAGGAUGAUUGUGAUCGAUCAAGAUUUGGGUAUGAGAUCAGCGAUUGAAGAGGUCCUAGUUGGCACACGUCACCGUUGGUGUAUGUGGCAUAUAAUGCAUAAGCUGGCUGUCAAGCUAGAGGACAUCGACUGGUUCAACACAUUGUAUGCGUAUAGGAAGUACUGGAUACCUGCGUAUUUCAGAGAUUUUCCUAUGGGAUCGAUGAUUAGGACUACGUCCAUAUCUGAAUCAGAGAACAGUUUUUACAAAAAUUUUCUGAAGCCCCGAGCUAACAUAGCCGAAUUCUACUUGAAUUUCAACCACGACAUAGAAUUCCAGCGGAACAGUAGAACAGCUUUGGACUACCACGAUGCCACUGCCAUACCCAUACUAGCAACUACUCUGCCGUUCGAGAAACAUGCUUCCACGUUGUUUACCGAUAGUAUGUUCAAGAAAAUACAACAAGAAAUUGUGGAGGGUAAUGACAGAUGUCGUGUGCUGGGUUUUAUGUCCGGAGAAACGGUUGACACAUACAAGCUUGGCGAUAGCAAGCGUAAUGCAUACUUUGUUCGUCAUGACAAGACUGAUGAUACUUACUCGUGCGAAUGCAAACUAUUUGGUCGGCAUGAUUAUUUGUGCAACCAUAUAUUUUUCUUGUUUCGGAAUAAUGAGGUGAAAAAAAUCCCGGAUAAAUACUGUGACAACCGAUGGAUGAAGACUCCCUUAGCCAAGGCUGUACAUGGCGAGUUGCAGGAUCCCGUGCAUACCCAUUCCUCCUCUGACGAUAGGCAAACUGUGUCUAAGCAGGCGAUUUCGAUGUUUUAUGGUUUUCUUAGACGAUUUGAGACCGACAUCGAUGUAUUACGUGCAUUUGUAGGUGGCGUUGAAGAACUUGGUAACUCUCUUCAAACUGGUACUCCGGCAACCUCAGCUGCUGAGAAGAGUCGUAUGGUUGAAGAGUUUUAUGGAAUGGUAAGGCCUGAAUCUGUUGCGGUUCAUCCUCCGGAUGUCGUGAAGACGAAGGGCCACACCAACAGCUCUGCGAGUCGUCUGAUUUCGAAGAGAGAGAAGGCUAUAAAGGAUGCCACAAGGCCUCUUAGACGGUGUAAGGCGUGCGAUGAGAUGGGUCAUCACGACUCUAGGAACUGUCCACUGCUUAAAGAGAUGACGAUGGAGAAAGAUGCGCGCAAGGGUAAAAGAACUGCUUGA